ACAAAUUUUCAGUUGGUCUUAGUUUCCGCGGGAGAGUCGAGAAGCGUAACUGUCAAUCAUUAAAACCAUGGCAAGAGGAGCUGGAACUUUGGCAUUUCUGUUGUUGGCUCAGCUAGUAUUUGCAGCGCAUAGUGAUAUCUUUGAUGAUCUUACGCUGGAAGAAACCGAUUUGGACUUGCCACACUCAGAUCUGCCUCCAGAAGGCUUUGCUGGAGACGCUAGAGAGAUCAAGAAUGAUAACGUCGACCAAGGGGAAUAUCCAUCUGAGGAAAACAUUAACAGAAAAGAUGUUUUUGAGGGUGAUAUCUACCUUGAUCGCAGCACUAAGGCUAUUCUUGGAAUGGGAAGAGAUGCCAUGAGCAGCCCCGCGAGACACUGGCUCAACGCGCGGGUACCCUAUGUCUUCGGCUCAGUCAGUUCCGAAGUGAGAAGUGUAUUUCUGGCCGCCAUUAAAGAAUACGAAGCCAAGACCUGUGUCCGCUUUGUUCCUCGUAGAGGCGAGCGAGACUAUAUCUACAUCGUCAGCGAAGGCGGUUGUUUCUCAUCUAUCGGUCGUAGUGGCGGACUGCAGAAGCUCUCCCUCGGGACAGGAUGCGAGCACCGCGGUACAGCUAUACACGAAAUGAUGCACGCCAUUGGCUUCUUUCACGAGCAGUCACGCCUAGACCGUGACAGUUACAUCACAAUCUACUGGGACAACAUAAAGCCAGGGAUGGAGUACAACUUCCGUAAGUACAAACGAGGCGAGGCUGAUACGCUUGGGUAUGCUUACGACCUCAAGUCAAUUAUGCACUAUCCCAAAUACGCGUUCACCAAGAACCGCCAGCCCACCAUCAUCGCACGUAAUGGCGCCAAUAUUGGUCAGAGAGACUCCUUCAGUGCCAUCGACAUUCAGCAGAUCAAUGCGCUGUACAAGUGUACACAGAUACCUACACAGAGACCUACACAGAGACCCCCGGCGACGAAAGCCCCGACAAUCGUCUGUGUCGAUAAGAACAGGAACUGUGGUAUGUGGAGACAUCUUUGUACAAGCCAUAGUUAUAGAGAUGUCAUGAAGGCUUACUGCAAGAAGACGUGCGGUCUUUGCGGACCGGUCCCAUCAUGCAAAGACAGUCGCUCCUUAUGUGCCCAAUGGGCUCGGGCGGGCUACUGCCGGUAUGGACAACGAUAUUACCCUUACAUGAAGCGCUACUGUCCCAAGAGCUGUAGAAUGUGCUGAAAGAUAAAGCCUAACAAGACCGAAAAAGAGAGAUAACUCCAGUCAAGACCAAUGUACAAUAAACUUUUGAUCGGGUCAUCUACAGCACUCAAAACGUGGACAAGCUAUACUACAUCAUGAUAGUACAUCCAGAAAAUAAUUUUCUAUAUCACAUUUUUUGCGCUUUGUAAACCCAAAUAAAAAACGCCAGAUUCCAUCCA